AUGAUAGCUGUCACCAAGGACUGCAAAACAGGUGUCCAACUCUUUUUCGUGUGUGUGUGUGCAGAAAUUCAUGUGAGUGUGUGUCUCGUGUGUGUCUCGUGUGCGUGUCACGAUGUGCACAUGCAGAGAGAGAGUUGGCAUCAUCAUCUCACAUCACACACAACUGGAGCCCCUUAUGACGCAUUCACACACACACACACACACACACACACUCUCUCUCUCUCUCUCUCUCUCUCUCUCUCUCUCUCUAUGCCCCUCUCUCUCUCUGUCUCUCUGUGUCGAGACGACAGGCGGAGCCUAAUCCCCACGUCAGAGGCGUCCUCAGCGCCAACUAGUCACGUGCAAGAGUCGGCCACGGGCCGCGACCUCAAACAA